GCACGGUGACACUCAUGAAGAGCAACUUGAAGGAGACGUCCGACCAUGAAGUGCACACGCUGCCUGCUCCGGCUGCUUGGCCAGUCCGCCUACCCUGCAGCCCGGCCCACUCGCCCCAGUUCACUACGCAGUCCACAGGAUGAUCAGGCCGUGAGGUGUUUCCGCGGUAACAAAGGUGGCCCCGUGACCGCCGAGUUCAUCGGCGAGGACCGCACCAAGACGCCCGUGGCCACGCGCGACCCCUUCGCCGCGGAGCACAAAACCAAGGCCUCCUUUGCCGAGGCGCUGCAGGCGUUCGCCAAGGCCGAUGUGAGGCGGCGGGGUCACGUGGAGUUCAUCUACGCCGCACUCAAGAAGAUGCCCGAGUUCGGCGUGGAGCGUGACCUGGCCGUCUACAACCAGCUGCUGGACGUCUUCCCCAAGGAGGUGUUUGUGCCCAGGAACUUCAUCCAGCGCAUGUUCAAUCAUUACCCCCGGCAGCAGGAGUGCGCCGUGCAGCUACUGGAACAAAUGGAGAACUACGGUGUCAUGCCCAACGUGGAGACCAAGGUCCUGCUGGUUCAGAUUUUUGGCGCCAAGGCCCACCCAAUGAGGAAGUACCAGCGCAUCAUGUACUGGUUCCCCAAAUUCAAACACGCCAACCCUUUCCCCAUCCCGCAUCACCUGCCCGAAGACCCGGUGGAACUGGCUCGCUUCAGCCUGAAGCGCAUCGCCAACGACCUGGACGCCAAAGUCACCGUUUACCAGAUGCCCUGCACGGAUGCGACGGAGAGCGGCCACCAGAUCAGCCUCCCCCACAUCGUCGGCAUCCAAAGCCCCGACCAGAUGGAGCUCCUCGGGAAGCACGACCCGAGCAGGCCCGUUUUCGUGGAGGGACCUUUCCCCCUCUGGCUGAGGAAGACGUGCGUCCACUACUAUGUUCUCCGAGCCGAACCCGUGCCGCCCGGCGACAAGGUGGAGGAGUCCUUUGACCCAGAGCGGUGUCUAUACUAUCCUCUGCAACUCGACCUUGACUUUGAUCGGGACUUUGGGGACUUGGAGACCUUUGAUGUAGAAGAUUUGGAUGAAGGUCCAGUUUUUGCCAUGUGCAUGACCAGCCAGGGGGACCAGGCCACCCUCAACCAGUGGAUCAGCGGUCUCCAGGAGAGCAACCCCAUCCUGGGUCAGAUCCCCACCGUGUUCCGCUUGCAAGCCGGCACAAGGGAGCUGCGAGCGGAAACCUCGAGAGAGGAGUCCCCGAGGGAGGAGUGCCCGGCGCCCGAGGUCACGGAGGAGGCGAGAAGGCGCAGCAACUGACCGUAGGACGCAUCUCCCCUUCCGUUUUCGAAAAUGCUUGUCCUCACAAGACGUCGCGGGUAAGCUGGCGCCACCCUGGACCGGAAUCGCAAGUUAGGAGUCUUCGAUGAAUCCAACGUGCGUGUUUUGGGGGGGGGGGGACAAAGCCGAGACUUGAACCCUGCACAUCACAUGUCCGGCGUGCGGCCUCAAUAAGGACUAACUCACAUGUGACGAAAGAAGACCAAAUUAUUCCAAAGGUUAAAAAAAAAAAGUUUUAAUUGCAGAAAAAAAAAUGCAUUUGAAAACUGUAAACAAGUCCCAAAUCCACUCUUGAGAGGUUGACCCAAACGGUAAUCAAGUGCGCUGUAAUCAGCAGUGGUCGGCAACAUUCGGCCCGCGGGCCAAAAUGGACCCUAUGCCAAUAAUAUCUGGCCUGCCAGAUGACGUUGACGAGGAAAACUCCCCCCUGAUAAAUUAGCGAUGCAACAUUUGCAGUCUUAAAAGUGCCCGGAUAUUGUGACGAGCCUUUGCGCUCCGCGGGAUUUCCUACACGGGGCACCCAAUCGCCGACUGGCCCGCGAGAUUUUGUUUUUAGGUAGGACAAGCAGGUUUUACCUGAUGAGUCAAGUCAGUUCGGCCAGUGAUCCAACUGUGAAGAAGGGAAAAAAAAAAUUUAAAAAUUGGGCCCGCAGCCACCCUUAGUUGCCGAUCCCUGAUGUGUAUAUGCAUCAAUUGCAUUGUCUCAAAUGAACAACUUCUCGAUGGAACGUCGUCGUCAUCAUGCUGGAGAAGGUUGCUUUUGUCCCGCAGUUCAGUUCCUGUACGUUUCUGCAAAAAAAAAAAAAAAAACAAGCGUGGGGGCGUUAUCAACGAAUGCCUGCACUGAAAAAUUGCUGCAAUUGCCAUGGCAACAUCAGUCAAUGUGGGGAAGGUCUUUAGUGAAACGAGCAAUAAACUGCGCUCCAAAUGA